CCGCGUGCCGCAGGCCGCGUCGUCUGCCGCCGUCGCGCGCCUCCUCUGCCGCGCGCCGCUGCCGCCGCCGCCGCCGCGCUCGCUGGCUGGCCAGGUGCGGGCGGCAGGCUCCGGCCGGAGGAGAAGACCGCCGCCGCCGUUUCGGCCCGGGCCCGGGCCCCGGCCCCGCCCCGGGCCCCGAGCCCCUGCCGGGCCGGGAGAUGAAGUGUCACUACGAGGCGCUGGGGGUGCGGCGCGACGCCAGCGAGGAGGAGCUGAAGAAGGCCUAUCGGAAGCUGGCCCUGAAAUGGCACCCGGAUAAAAAUCUGGAUAAUGCCGCAGAAGCAGCUGAACAAUUUAAAUUAAUCCAAGCAGCCUAUGAUGUGUUGAGUGACCCUCAGGAAAGAGCAUGGUAUGAUAAUCAUAGAGAGGCUUUACUUAAAGGUGGGCUUGAUGGAGAGUAUCAAGAUGACAGCUUAGAUUUGCUUCGCUAUUUCACUGUUACUUGUUAUUCUGGUUAUGGAGAUGAUGAAAAGGGAUUUUAUACAGUAUAUCGUAAUGUUUUUGAAAUGAUUGCAAAGGAAGAACUAGAAUCUGUGUUAGAGGAGAAUGCUGAGGAUUUCCCAACUUUUGGAGACUCCCAGAGUGACUAUGAUACGGUAGUCCAUCCUUUCUACGCCUAUUGGCAGAGUUUCUGCACUCAAAAGAAUUUUGCUUGGAAGGAAGAAUAUGAUACACGACAAGCUUCAAACCGCUGGGAAAAACGAGCCAUGGAAAAAGAAAACAAAAAGAUUCGGGACAAAGCAAGGAAAGAGAAGAAUGAGCUUGUCCGGCAGCUGGUAGCUUUCAUUCGUAAAAGAGAUAAGAGAGUGCAGGCACAUCGGAAACUUGUGGAAGAACAGAAUGCAGAGAAGGCGAGGAAAGCCGAAGAGAUGAGACGGCAACAGAAGCUAAAGCAGGCAAAACUGGCGGAGCAGUACAGAGAACAGAGUUGGAUGACCGUGGCCGAUUUGGAGAAGGAGCUCCGGGAGAUGGAGGCGCGGUAUGAAAAGGAGUUUGGAGAUGGAUCAGAUGAAAAUGAAGUGGAGGAACAUGAACUCAAGGAUGGACAGGAUGGGAAAGAGAGUGAUGAGGCCGAGGAUGCUGAGCUUUAUGACAACCUGUACUGCCCGGCGUGUGACAAAUCUUUUAAGACAGAAAAGGCCAUGAAGAAUCACGAGAAGUCAAAGAAGCAUCGGGAAAUGGUUGCCUUAUUAAAACAACAGUUGGAAGAGGAGGAAGAAAAUUUUUCGGGACCUCAAUUUGAUGAAAAUCCAUUGAAUGAUGAUUCUGAGGAAGAAAUGGAAGAUGCACCAAAACAAAAGCUUUCUAAAAAACAGAAAAAAAAGAAACAGAAGCCAGCACAGAAUUAUGAUGACAAUUUCAAUGAAAAUCGAACUGGAGAAGGAGUAAAGAUUGAUUCAAAAGAUACUAACUUAAAUCAAGACAAUGCCAAAGAAUUGGAAAAUAGUCCCCAAGAAAAUGUUAAUGUCACUGAGACCAUUGAACCACGUGAUGAUCCAAAAUGUGAAGCUAAAACUGUUCCUAAACCCAAAGGAAAGAAAACCAAAGAUAUGAAAAAAUCUGUCAAAGUACCUGCUGAACCACAGAUAGUGAAUGAUGUUCUUAUCAGCUGUACAACCUGCCAUAGUGAAUUUCCAUCUCGGAAUAAACUUUUUGACCAUCUAAAGGCCACAGGUCAUGCAAGAGCACCUUCAUCAUCAUCAUCUGUAAACAGUAUUACAAGUAGUCGAAGCAAGAAGGAAAAACGUAAAAACAGAUAGAAAUUCUACCUACGUUUUUUUUGUUUUAAACUGUCUCUGGAUUUUGAAACCAAAAAAACUGAACUGAAAUCAUCUAAAACGUUAAAAUUUCAGUGAUCUGCAAUUUAUUGCAUUGUGGAAGAUUAUUUUUUAUCUUGUAAAAGCAUUUUUUUUGUUUAAUAUAUAUUUUUUAAACAUUUCACUAGUGAUUGAAUUCUACUUUUGCCAUCUGAAUUGUCUUGAAUGUCUCAAAGCAGGUAAAUAUUGUAAAGUGUGUAUUGAUUUCUAUUGGCUUAUAUGGACAGAAAUUUACAGGGAGAAUUAAAUUAUUUUAACACAUAAAA